AGGGCCUGGAAUCUGUUCUCGGUGAUUGAAUCAAAAUUAAUCGUAAGAAGAGCCUAUACAAUGGCUGCUUCCAUUAUGAGUGCGUCGACAUGCGUAUUCUUGCUACUUAUCUUGACUGCCACUCUUGCUGUGAGACGAGACUCCAUCGCUGACUUCAUCCCAAAAGUCCCGGAACGCACGACCACCACUCCGGUCACUCACUUAACUCCAGUGCUUCGGUCAGCGUUUGUCAGAAAUUGCGGCCAAGUGGCCUCCAACGCUGGAACUCAUCGUUUUCCGUGGUUGGCGGUGAUGGGGCGCGGCGUUCGUGAUGGUACCCAGUGGGUGUGCAAUGCAGUGCUGCUCAGCAGAGACUGGCUGCUCACCGCUGCCCACUGCCUCAAAAAUGAGAAUGCUGAUGUCGUGAGACUGGGCGGUUCUGACAGCAAUAAUGACUACGUGUUUGACACCUACAUCAUUCACCCUCUGUUUGGAAUAAACAGCACCUUCGCCAGCAGGUUUACCCACGAUCUUGCUCUUGUUAAACUCAGGGACAGCGCGCUUCUGUCGGAGAGCGUGCAGCCCUUGUGUCUGCCUGACAAAGCCGUGGUGGGUUCCCUGCUCGGCAAGCGCCUCACCAAAGCCAUGUAUGGUAGUAACGGAAAAUUAAAGCUUCAACACGGAGAGGUAACUGUGUUGCCUCUGACUCGGUGCAGCUACUUUAACGACCAAUCUCCUGAGAAUUACAAGAGUUUCUCUGAUGAUCAGGUUGCCUGCUUGGGCGACCCAGUUGGAGAGCUCGACAGUUGUAUGGGUACUUCAGGGUCACCUGUGACCUUCCAAUCAACAUCGGGUCACCACAUUCUGGCUGGCAUAGUCACCAUAGGCCGAACAUGCAACUUAACAGCGUUUCCUGAAGGCGCCGUACCACUCAGCACCCCCAUAUAUCUUAACUGGAUAAGAGACACCAUAUCUGCACAAGGGGGAGGCUGUGGCGUGAAGGUGCGACGUACAGACGACAGCAGCUGGCCAUGGCUGGCAGGGCUGUACACGCAGAGGUACAGAGGUGGAGUGAACACCCUAAACUUGUUCUGCAACGGAGUGUUGAUGAACCGGCGCUGGGUUUUGACUCCAGCUCAUUGUAUUCAAAAUAAAACGUACAUCUCUGAGGGAGUCAUUCGCUUUGGAGGCCCUCUCGGCAGUACAGUAUAUUCAAUAGAGUCUGUUGAGAUUCAUCGUGAAUACGACUCAAGUGCAGCUCGUAUGCUUGGCAUGGCUCUGUUGCGUCUUGUGGCAGAUGUCCCAUUCACGAGUGAAGUGGCCCCGAUCUGCUGGCCCCAGCCCUGGGAGGAGCCGCUCCCAGAUGGCAGCGUGUAUACGAGAACUGCGAUAAGACUUGAUAUUUCCA